UAAACUUCCACUCAUCAAAAUUAAUCAACAUGUUCUGAAUGUUUUAAAAUUUAUUAAAAACUUCGACUAAAAUAGGCUGAGCAUAAAAUGUAAUUAUAAACUUUCAAAGAGCCAGCAUUUCAUUACAUUUCAGAUAAUUUUUUAUUUAUUCUCCUACACACCGAUUUCAUGUUUACUACUGCUGAAAAGAUGGCACGGCCGCGAUGGAACUCGGGGAAAACAGAGACCAUAGAAUCACAGAGGGGUUUAGGUUGGAAGGGACAUUAAAGCUCCUCCAGUUCCAACCCCCUGCCAUGGGGAGUGAUGCCUCACACUGGACCAGGUUGACUCCAUCCCCGUCCAGCCUGGCCUUGAACACUGCCAGGGAUGAGGCAGCCACUACUGAGAAGAAAAAGGCCAGUUCAACCCGCUCUGAAGGUUUCUAAGGCCCUUCUCGGCGUACCCCAAGGUCGCCCUCGAGCCCGGGGCGGCCCCAAAGGCUGGAGCGGCGGGUGACGCGCCGGGGCCGGGCAGAGCCAGGACCAGGGCCCGGGCCCGCCCCAGGGCGCCCCGACCCUGCCGCCGGCCUCGCCGGGGCAGCCCCGGCACCCGCCGGGCUGUGGGCCGCGGCCGCUCGGCCCCGCUGCCCACCGCGCCCGCCUGCCGCAGCGGCCUCUUCUGGAACGUUCCCGGCCGCAAACGCAAACGCAAACCCGCGGGCACCGGGCCGGGGAUCUUAACUCACCAAGAUGCCCAUCAAUGUAGAUGAUGUGAUGCAACUGUACUGCCACCUUGCUCAGAAGAAGGGGAUGAAAGCUGCUGUCAAGCACACUGGUCGAGGAGCACUGGUGGUGGCUGCAUCAACUUUUCUUGGGGGUCUGAUGGGAGGUCCACCUGGAAUUGUUAUAGGAGGAGCAUUUGGUGGCCUGCUUGGUGCCUGGAUGACUAGUGGACAGUUCAGGCCAGUCCCUCAGAUUUUACUGGAAUUGCCUCCUGCUGAGCAGCAGAAACUCUACGAUGAAGCCGCUGUUAUUCUCAGGCACUUAGACUGGACCGACGUUGCUCAGCUGACUGCUCUUGUAAUGAGAUAUGCUAAUCUCCAGCAGAAGUUGACAGCAGUGCUGAAAAAUUACCUGACCAAACAGCUAAAAGCAAAGAUACAGCAUAGAAAAUAAACCUUUCCAGAGCAGGCUUUUUACAGCGUAAUGAAUUUUACUUUGACAAUUGUGUACUUCAACAUAACAAUUAUUGGAUAUCUGUACUAAUUAUGAACAUAGGCCAAUCUAAGAAUUGUUUCAGAUUUGAUGUUUGGGGUUUUGUUUUGUUUGUUUGUGGGUUGUUGUGGGGGGUGAAUGUGUAAGGAUGAGAUUAAUGCAUUAUCCUGCCACGGACUUGCUAUGUAAUUUUGAAUCACUCCGCACUUGACUGAAUUGAAAAUCACGGAAGGGAUUUAGGCUUCUCUUACAUGAAUGUAUCACUAGUUAAAAUUUCCAAAGUCAUUGUGUUUUAUUUAGGAGAUAUAAUCCUGUUUAAGUGCUUUAAAUCUCUUCUGUGAAUGCCAUAUAGGUGUUGCCAAAGUAGCUAGGGCACUUGGCAGAAUUUUGCCUUUUUUGGUUUUUUGCCUGUUUCAGUCCUGCAAAAGAGAGUUACAAGAAAGUACGUUACUGUGAACUCAAAGAUCUCAAAAGUACUCACUUUAUUCUUUGUUGCUUUUUUAUUGGAAUUCUUGAGUUAUUUAUUCCUUUCUGUAAGAAGUGAAGCCGAUGGCUAAACAAGAUUUAAAGCAACAGGUAAACAAAGUGUUCACAAUUAGGAAUUCCUGGUGUCCUAGAAUGGGAGGGCGUGGCGAGAAUAGUCUGAGCUUAGAAAUGGGGAGUUGAACCUGCAGGUUUUAUUCUCUCCCCAGGAUUAGGGUUGUCAUUUCAGCAGUGGUUUCUUGACUGCCUCUGAACAGCUGGACCUCUGUUUUCAUUAAAAUAUUCUCAAGAAGCAU